UUCGAAAUUGAAUCAUAUUUUGCUAUGAAUAUUCUUAGGUUACCUUGAUAAAAUAAAAUAAACAGACAUGUUAAUUAACGGAACGAUUCCGUUAAGGUUUAAAUCAUCUGAAUUACACCAUUUUAAUUGGUUAUACAGCAUCGCACCAUGUUUCGCGGUGAAUGCUUCGAAAAUAAAUAUUAUUACGGACCCUCGGAAGUUUUACGAUACUUUGUGUGAAAGAUUUAAGAGCGCUAAUCAUAGAAUAUCAGUUGCUAGUCUGUAUAUUGGUACAGGAGCCAUGGAACGUAGGUUACUGGAGGUUACGAAAACAUCUGUGAUUUCAAGGAAUUUAAAGUUUAAUGUGUUGUUAGAUUAUCAGCGAGGAACACGGGGAGAGAUAAACUCGCGGACGCUUCUUCAAGAAUUUGUAAAUGAACUACCAGACCGGUGUAACGUGUUUUUGUAUCAAACUCCAAGAUUGCAAGGGUCUUGGUCGAAGGCACUUCCCGCACGGUACAAUGAGAUAGUUGGACUGCAGCACAUGAAACUGUACAUAGUUGAUGACACGGUGCUACUGAGUGGCGCAAACUGUUCCAAUGAUUACUUCCAGCAAAGACAGGAUCGGUAUAUAGAAAUUAAGAAUUGUGAUUUAGCUGAUUUUUACUGUGAACUUAUAGGGGAAGUUAGUAAUUACAGCAAAAAGUGUACUAAGAAUGGUAAUAUUGACAAUAAAUAUUUAAAAAAGGAGGUGAUGAUUCAAGAACUUAAUAGAAAGAUUGAAAGUUUGGUUGAGAGAUGGAUGGAAAACCAACGUCUUAAAUAUUUGGAAGAUUGUAGUG